UAUUUUAAAGCAAGGAAACAAUAUAUUUAAGAGUAUCGUGAGCUGAAUGCAAGUGAACGAUGAAUACGAAGCUUGUGACAUUUCUCAUUGCUUUCUUGCUCCCCACUGUUAGAAGUGCUGAAUCCUCAGCAAAUUGGUGCUACAACCUGCCAUCAUGCAAUUCCACCACAUGGCCAUCUACAACGCCACAACACUGCAAUGGAACCCGCCAAUCUCCUGUAAACAUUGAGACGAAGAAUGUUAAAUUAGAUUUAAGUCUCGUCCCAUUCAGUUUCAGCGGGUUUGAUGAUAGCUCCGCUCUCCUACAUAUCUUAAACGAGGGCAAAACAGUAAAGGUCUUUGUCAAUGAUAGCAAGGUGAAUGUGUCAAAAGGGGGUCUUGCUGAUGUGUACAAGACCUCACAGGUUCACUUUCACUGGGGCAAUGGAACCUUCACGGGAGGAUCAGAACACACAUUGGAUGGCAAACAAUACCAAAUGGAGAUGCAUGUAGUAAAUUAUAUGUCAAGUUAUGGAAGCCUGGACGCUGCACUUACUAACUCGACAGGAGUGGCUGUUCUUGGCUUCUUCAUUGAAGCAAGUUAUGGCAGCGGCAAUCCAAACAGCUGGAAGAACCUGACCUCCUACUUGACAAAAAUCACCAACUUUGGUAAUUCUGCGAUUAUAUUGGGUGAUUUCACUCUGGAUAGUCUGCUGCAGGGAGUGAAUAGGUCAAAAUACUAUCGAUAUCUUGGUUCCCUGACCACACCAAGCUGCAACGAGGCUGUAGUAUGGACUGUCUUCAAAGACUCCAUCAAAGUCAGCCAAGACUUGAUCAACCUCUUCAGCACAACCGUGCACACCAAUACAUCUUCUGAUCCUCUGAUUUUCAACAACUUCAGGAUAAGUCAGAACCUCAAUGGCAGGGUUAUUACCCAGAGCUCAUUAGCGACCACACCUCUUCACUCUACAUUCAUAAGUGCAGUGCUCCUGUGUGCUGUACUUUGGUGGUUCUGCUAAAUUUGCAUGGUCAGGUCUGGUAUGCACAUCUUUGAAGGAAUGACACAUGUCUAGGUAUUCGUGUUCAUUGAAUUGUUUAAUUGUAUUCAUUUUACUAUAUUUUAUUUACUAAAGAUACAAAAUUAAAAUAAAACUUCAGUAAGUGAGUGAAAUGUGCUGCAUAUAUAAUGUACCUCUAUUGAAUAUUUAAUGUUAAAAAAGUGGCAGUAUAUCAUAGACUUUAUUGCAUGUAUUUAAAAUAAAUCUAUUUUAUUAUAAUUUAAUCUGCUGGAGAUUAAUAUCUGUACUCAGCAUACAUGAAAAUGCAUUGCCUUUUAGCAAAAUCUGCCAUUUUGAUUGUUUGAAUGUUAAAUAGGCUAUUUAUGUACAUCAUGUAGAUUAGAGAAGUUUUUUUUUGUUUUUUUUUUGGACAGGGGUAGAGCAGGAAGAUAAAUCCCUGAGUCCCUCAUUCAAUACAGCAACAGUUCAUGGUCAUUUUUUAGCCAAUCCAUAGUUGUUAUUUUAAUAUUAUAGAACAAUCAAAAGUAAGACUUCCAUAAGAUGCUUGAAGUUGUUAAAAAAACAGAGCGGCUCAGAGCAUCUAGUCUGUAGCAGGAGCAGCGUUUAUCGAACAGCUAAAAAUAUCUAGGUACCAGAAUGGAUGUAUUUGACUGUUUAAAAACCUGUCCAGACAUGUUUACUAGGGAUAGAAUAAACAUUCUUUCCAUCAUCAUAAUUGUUGGAACAUGCCCUUUCAUUUUGUAGACCUUUUGAGGAUGUGUAUCUUUGACAUGUUAACUUAAUAAGAUGAUACACCUCCUUAGUGAGUUUUUGU